AUUUCUCUCAGUGCCAAUUUUUGCGAAUACAAUAUAGUUUUAUAAUGCGUGGCUCCAUUGAUUCCGUCACAUAUAAAAAGAGACGAUUCUCCGGAGACUUCCAGUUGUUAAAAAUAAAGCUAUGAUGAAGGUAUUUGCGGGACUCGCGUGCAUCCUUUUGGUGGCAAUACUACUUUGUUCUUUUAUAUACAAUUCGAAUAAAUCGAGUUCUGGACAGAAAACCACGACACCGCUUCUGCCGAUGGUUAUCAACACCUGGGCCUUUGCAGAAGCCAACAAGGAGGCGUGGCGACUGCUCAAUGUGAAAAAGGGCGGAAUUGGACAGACGAGGAGCGCCGUUGUGGGCGGUAUAUCCGUAUGCGAAAAGAUACAGUGUGACAAGUCUGUUGGCUACGGCGGCAAUCCCGACGAGCGCGGAGAUACUUCCCUGGACGCCUUGCUUAUGGAUGGAGGCACCAUGGAGGUGGGUGCUGUGGGGGAUCUGCGGCAUAUCAGAAGUGCCAUCAAGGUGGCGCAGCAUGUCUUGGAACACACGCUUCACACCCUGCUAGUUGGCGAUGGGGCCGAUGAGUUCGCCAAUGCCAUGGGCUUCCAGUACGAAUCACUGAACUCUGAGGACAAUAUAGCGUCAUUGAAAAAUUGGACGACGCACAACUGCCAGCCAAACUUUUGGCGAAAUGUCUACCCGGAUCCGAGGACCUCCUGCGGUCCCUACAAGCCCUUGGUCACACGGGAUCCGGAUGCCAAGCAAUCGGAUCGGAUCGAAAUUGGUCCCGAUAACCACGACACCAUCACCAUGGCCGCCAUCGAUGAGGCGGGCCACAUCCAUGUGGGCACCUCUACCAACGGACUACGCUACACGCUGCCCGGACGUGUUGGCGACGCCUCGAUUCCCGGCUCCGCUGCCUAUGCGGAUAACGAAGUGGGCGCCGCUGUGACCACUGGAGAUGGAGACAUCCUUAUGCGCUUCCUGCCCUCUCUCCUGGCCGUGGAGGCCAUGCGGGCGGGCAAAACACCGGCGGAGGCAGUCGAGUUGGUCAUCCAGCGAAUCCGGAAGCACGUCGAUUUUUUCGAGGUCGCCGUUAUCGUUGUAAACCGGCUUGGAGCGUACGCAGUCAGGUGCCACGGUACGGGCAUGGCCAGGUAUAAUGGAGAGUUUGCCUACAUGGUCAGUAGUCCGGGACAACCGGUGCGCACGGAAUCGGUUCCAUGCUCAGCGAAUCCUGAGAAAUCUCCUUCCGAAGGCGAUAGACAAGUUAUUUGCAAUUUCCAAAUGUAUCUGAAACCAGGAGUAGAAGAAUUACGAUUAGCUCCUGCAUAAAAGAAAAUGUAUCUCAGAUUAGACUUAUCGCUAGAUUAAUAGCGUACUCCAAUGGACUGAAUAAAAAAAGCAUGUUCAUUUUUUGUAAAAGGCACGCACCCAUUAUCUAAUUUGAGCACCAACGUGAAUACAGAAAACAAUUAAAGUUC